AAUAAUGACUAGCGGCCUAUUAGGAGAUAAACUAGCGUGAAAAUAAAGCGAGAUAGUGCACAGCACACAUCCUGUUAGAAAUGCUUAUCAGUGAGGGCCAGCCGGCGGCAUCACACUCACAGUGAAGCUGGCGAGAGCAACACGCCUCGACAGGGACAACAUACAACACUCAUGUCAUUCCCGAGGAUGAAGGAACUCCAACUUCUGUGUCUUCUCAUCUUUGGAGGUCAAAGUUCUUUGGCAUGCCCGCAUCCCUGCACCUGUCAUGGGAGCCAGGUGGACUGCAGCAGCAGGUUUCUCAACUCCUCCAACCUGCCCAGCAUCUUCCCCGAGGGCACCACCGAGCUACGCCUUCACAACAACCGGCUGACCACUCUCCCGAACGGGCUUCUGGACAAUCUCUCAUCCCUUCGCCAGGUAUCCCUGUACAGAAACCCGUGGGCGUGUGACUGCGGCGUCCUAUACCUGCGAGCCUGGCUGAGACGUCGUCCCGGCGGAAGUUUCUCUUCUCAACUGCACGUUAAUUGUAGCUCCCCUCCCCACCUCAGAGGGAGAUUGGUGGAGUAUCUGACUGAGGAGGAGGUGCUGGACUCCUGCCAUUACUGGUACUGUAACCUGGCCUUGACUUCGCAGGCGCUCCUGUUUGU